GUCCUUUUUUAGCAAGAUAUCUAUAAAAGAAAACUGUGCCAAUCACUGUAUGGAACGCAUGGAUAGUAUUGUCGUUGAUUAAAAUUUAUCUAGACAAAAGAACUCUGUGAACAUGUUGGUUAUGGAUAAUUCUGAUGGAAGACAAUUUCAUUCCACACAUCACUGUCAAUGUAUCCAUUCAAUGUAUGCAAAAACAUUAACAAACACAACUUUAAUACCGACAAGGAAAUCAUUUAUCAUUUUGAUUGUGUUGAUACUCGUAUUUAUACUUGCUGAUUAUGCUUCAGGAUUGACAAAUUCAAAGAGUGUUGUUAAUGUUCCAUUUUACAGACAUAUGUUAACUACUAGUGCAACUGAAAAUAUCGGCGAUGACAAUAAUGUGUCAAUUCAUUCAUCAGAGGAUUUUAGAUUACCACGUACAUUGUUUCCACAUCUCUACGAUUUGUCAAUUCAAGUCCAUUUGCAUGAUAACAAGUCACAAGCAUUUUUCUUCAAUGGAUCUGUGACAAUAAAAGUUUUCUGUAAUGUGUCGACAACCGAGUUCUUCGUACAUGCAGCCGAUAAUCUGAAUGUGAGCUUGGAUCAAAUCCAUAUGUCUCUUCUUCAUGAACAAAAUCAAACAAGUUCUAUCAUUGAAAUUGAAGACGCUAGUUAUUUUAAAGAUUCUGAGUGUUAUCGAAUUAAACUCAAAACGCCUUUGCAACCAUAUACUUAUUACAACCUGACAUUUGGACAGUUUCGUUCUGAUAUGAAGUAUGAUUCUGAUGGACUGUAUAUUAGCAGAUAUUUGGAAAAUGGGAUUUACAAAUAUGUGGCAAGUACUGAUUUAGAACCAAGUGAUGCCAGGCGUAUAUUACCAUGUUGGGAUGAACCAGAAUUUAAAGCAAAAUUCAAGGUCAAUAUUGUACGCGACGAAAAUUUCCAUUCGCUUUCAAACAUGAAUUUGGAAAGUACGGAAGUGUUGUACGAUAACUGGCAUGUCGACAGGUAUAACACCAGUGUGAAAAUGUCCACAUAUCUGUUGGCAUUUGUAGUUUCACAGUUUUCGAAUAUUCAGAGGACAGACAAUAGAGGACGAAACUUCACUGUUUGGGCAAGACCGGAUAAAAUUCGAUCAGCUGAAUAUGCACUUGAUAUUGGCAUAAAAUUAUUGGGAUACUUUGAAGAUUAUUUUGGCAUUCCCUAUUCACUUCCUAAAAUGGAUAUGAUUGCGAUUAAUAAGACUUCAAUGAUGGCAAUGGAAAACUGGGGUUUGAUAACUUAUGAUGAAAAUUUGAUGUUAUGGGACGCAGAAAACGGUUCAAUAGCAUCCAAAAUCCUCGUGACUUUAUUUAUUUCACAUGAACUUGCUCACCAGUGGUUAGGAAACUUGGUGACAAUGAAAUGGUGGGAUAACUUGUGGUUGAACGAAGGCUUCGCAACAUAUUUCGAAUACAUCGGAGUACAGUUACUACAUCCUGAGUGGAAAGUAGAUGAACUAUUCAUACUGGACGAAUUGAUUCGUGUGCUUGAUAGAGAUACGUCGAUGAAAUCAAGACCAGUCAUUUAUUCAGUCAAUACUACAACACAAAUCAAAAGCAUGUUUGACAUAUUCACCUAUAGUAAGGGCGCCUCCUUGGUUUGGAUAAUGGAGCGAUUCAUGGGCCGUAGCGCUUUUCAAAACGGUUUAAAAAGAUAUUUAAUUCAAAACCAGUAUAAGAACACAGAUGAAAAGGAUUUAUGGAAGGCACUAUCUGAAGAAUGGAAUACUCAAGGAAAUCAUUUAGACAUUGGAUUUAUUAUGGAUUCUUGGACUAAACAGAGGAAUUAUCCACUAGUGAUUGUAAAGAGAAAUGGGUCGAAUGUGUUUUGUUUCGAGCAGAUGCAUUACUUUCAUCACUAUGGUAACAAGUCAUCUCAAACAAAUCGUGAACACCCCUGGAUAAUACCAAUCACCUAUGGGUCAGCACAAACGGUGGACUGGACAAAUGUUGAUAUUGUGUGGAUGGUGAACAACAAAAUGAAUCAAACAAUGAACAUAAACUCAGACGACUGGUACUUGUUGAAUGUAAAACACGGUGGAUUCUAUCGGGUUCACUACGCUGACAAUAACUGGAUCUUAUUAAUCAAUCAAUUGCAAAGGAAUUUCACGGCUAUUCCAGUUUUCUCACGCGCACAAAUAUUGAAUGAUUUAUUCAGUCUUGCAAAUCGUGAUAUCGUACCGUAUACCCUUUUCCUGAACGCGACAAAAUAUUUAAACCACGAAGAUGAGUUUAUUGUAUGGAUAACAGCUAGUCGAGCGCUGCUCUACAUUAAUAGCAUGUUUGUUCUGAAUGAGAAUUAUGAUGUUUUCCAAGCCUACUUGCAAACUCUUGUCGAUAACCGAUUUCAAUCAUCAAGUCGGUCAUUUGUUAGUACAGGUGAAGAUCUUCAAAGGAUACGUUUUGACUAUAAUGUGAUCAAACUCGCUUGUACAGCUGAACAUCAUCUUUGUGUGAACAAAACUACGGAUCUCUUCAGACAAUGGAUGUCGAAACCCGAAACGAACCCCAUACGACCUGAUUUGAGAUUCAUUACUUAUUGUACAGCUAUUCGUCAUGGUGGUCAACAAGAAUGGAAAUUUUUAGAAAGUCAGCUGACGUUGAACGAUUCUGUAAAUGAAGAAGAGACUGAAAACAAGAUGUUGGCAUUAACGUGUUCUCGUGAUACAGAAAUUAUGAAAGAGUACUUAAGGCGGGUAAGAGAGAACAAGAACUUCUGGUUUACGCUUGACUAUUUCUCAGAGUCUCCAGUUGGUAACCAACUUUUAUGGGAUCACCUGAGUGAUGUACAAAAUCUUGUUGAACAUAAGGACUUUACGAAAUUAUUAACAAAAACACUAACUGAGUAUCCUUACUCAGUGUUUAGUGGAACAAAUCAUGAAAAGAUCCAUGUAACAGAAGCAAAUCAUCAGAUAGACCCUGAACUUCGAAAGACGAUCGAUUAUUUAAUUCAGAUAUCCAGAGAAAAAUUGAAAUGGACUGAAAACUAUUCUGACAUUAUUGUUCAGUGGUUGAAUGAAAAUAUCCCAGUAGUUACCUAUUUAUCAUAGAUGAUGAAGACCAACCAAUUAACCACUCAUGAGCUAUACGAGAUGAUUCUUUUAACUUCCGUUGUUGUUGUCAUUGAUACUUUUUAUUCUACUAAGCCUUGGGACAUUUAUAUUUUAUUCCAUAUCCACACUAGUACUUUAAAUAUUUGCUUGUAGUAACUCGUAAUAACUUUAGUUGGAUAUUUAUAUUUAUUUAUAUAGCACUGAUCGUAGAACAAUUUUGUUGUGGGAUUCGAUUCUAAAUGUUUGAUAUUCAUAAUGUGAAGUAAAAAACCUCGAGUAUGAACAAAAUUGUCUUUGUUAAUCAACGAAAUAUGGUUCUUUAAAAGUAUAUGAAAAAUAAUUCCGAUAAAUUAGGUCGGAUAAAAUGGAAAUUUGUAAUACUGCUAGUGAAAUUGAUUCACAGACAACCGAUUAACGUACAACGAUAUUCCAAUAGUAAUAUCUGGUCAAGUCUAGUGAUGGAAGGACUGCAGUUAAAUGUUGAGCUGUGUUAAAAACAUCUGGUAAAUUUCAAAAACAAGAAUGAAUAACCAUUUCACAAUUGAAUCGAAUAGCUUUCUUUCUAAUCUCAAAUUAAACUAAACCAUCCAAUGAAGUUUCUAACACAUAGUCAAUGAUGUUGAAGUUCGUUGUCUUAUAUCGAAUCGCGUCAGUUUCUUGAGCAGUUUUUCAUUUAUCUCCUACCCGUUUGCCGAAAACGCUGCAGCAAUAAUCCGGAUAUAUAUUGGCAAUUAUCAAUUGACAGUACAAAUGCAGAGGAUCGAUGAUAAAUCCAUAGAUGUUUCUCCAUGACACAAUCUAUGUAGUUUGAACCAUAUGUUGAGAAUCAGACUCCACUCGACAGGCUGAGAAGCUAAAUUGAUCUAGUGCAAGACUGAUCACAAAUGAAAUGGAAUGAAGUCACUUCUAAUAUUUAUUAUUCCUGAUGGUGUAGAAACGCGGAAAGUCGGUACACCUGAAGAACCAUUCGACAAGUUUUCCAGAGGCCAGAAAGAGGAUGAGAAUAUUUCAAACUAUCUGAAAUCAUUACAUGGACUUCUAGGAAAUUGACUGGCUAUGUCGUUAACUCUAAAUAUAUGAAUACUUACUUUCUAUCUUAAGUAGUGUGUUUUCAAAGGCUUCCAAAUUUCAAUGAUAGUCAACAGACCUAUAAGUAUGCCCAUAUUUUUAGAUGAUUGAGAUGAUGUUUAUCUCAUGUGGAUGCUGUUAGUAGGGAUUGGUUCUCUGACUAGAACGGCUCUAUUGUGAAGUUUUUAUUGUUCAUCUGGACAACAUCAACAACACAAACGUCAGGUAGAAGUAAGGUAUUCGAAUUUUUCUACAUAUGGUUGACAGCUUAACUGGACGCUGUUGAACUGCAACCACAAUGAUGCUGUAUGUCUAGAAAUUCUAGUAAUGGUACAAUUCUGGUGUGGUUGCUGGAUUCCACAAGACUCAAUUGUUCUCAGACCAAAUCUUGACACUGUGAACCAUCGUUGCACAAUCAACUGAAUGGAAGGCGUCACUAUGCACCAAUGUGCGUGAUUAUGAAAAGGCUUUCAGUAGCAACUAAUAGAUAACCUUGUGGAACUUAUUUAGACACUGCAGUUCGCCGAAGAAAACCGUCAACCUCAUUGGAAAUGUAUGUGAUGGACUACACUCCAAAGUGGUUCACGGUGGACGACUCAUAGAUCCAUUUCGAGUGACGAAUGUUGUCUGACAAGGCUGAUUACUCUUUUCCUUUCCUUUUUCUUUUGGAGGUUGACUGGAUUACGAAGACCUCUACAUGAGAGGGGAAGCAAGAUGAAAAAAUUCGAUUCAGUAUGAUGAUCUGGACUUUAAAGAUGACCUCGCUAAUCUAUCCCACACGCACCACAUUCCUACAGUUGAAGAACAUAUGGAAAUUAAAAUAGAUAUCUGUAAGCCAACAUCAAAUUCAUAAUCUUCACAAAACAUUUUAAAACAAUUCUACCAUACGGAGCUGAAACUUAAAGAACUAAUGCAACAAUUAAUAAAAAGUAAAGGUGUUUAUAUGCAAUUGUUUAUAUAUGAUACUCAACGUCCGUUGAAUGGAAAACAUCAGCAACAAAUCUGCUUCCAAAUGAAGAGUAAAUUAAUAAAAGACGUUGGGAAUGGAUAGGAGACACAUUUUGUAAAUCAUCAGACCACAUAUUUAAGCAAGCCUUGACUUAAAAUCCUUAAUGUAAACGAAAAAAAUAAAGACUGAGCCACACUUGGAGUCGGGAAUUACAAGCAGAAAGCAAAAGUGUGAAUGGCAACUGGAAACAGCUGGACGGAAUCGCCUAGGAUAGAGUUGGAUGAAGAACGCUGGUGGGCGGUCUAUGCUUCCACACGACGUGAGGUGACAAUCGUAAGUUAGUUGGUUCACGAUCAAAAUCUAGAGUUUCGCAUGCAUUUUGUGCAUUCCCAUUCAAAUCAGAUGAGUAUGUUACGUUAUCUUCAAGCACGUCAUGUAUCAUUUAUGUCCAUAGAAGAUAUUACCACCGAAGGAUCUGCAACUCACAAAUCAAUACUAGUUUAAAGUUAACUUCACAGCGAUAAUAUUUUUUGGUUUAUAAUUAUACCACCAAAUGCAUAAAUUAAGUAGACAUAUUCCUGUAUAAAAAAUUACACCUAAAAGCCUAUCCGUUCAUUUAAGA